AAUGGUAGGUAGCCUUGCCUGCCUUGCACGUAUCACGGCGUUCACCUUUCUCCUUCCCCCGACUAGACUCGUCGACGGCUUCCCCGCCAGAUCUUGCUUUUCCCCAACCCUAACCACCGGCGAUCGCCAUGAUGGCCGCCGAGUCCUCGGCGACAGACAACUACUCCACCGACGGGUAUCUCGAGACCCUCUCCCUCGAUUCCUCCGCCUCUGCUUCUACCGAUCCCCUGCUCCACCCUCCUCCCUCCCCUUCGUCCACGUCCUCUCCCACCGCACCCGCGAACGACGACGCGUUCAUCGACGAGAACGGCGAGGAUGACUUCCCGCAAGACCUCCCCGCUCAGGACACCCCGGUCAUUUCCCGCGAGCCAUCACCGGAGUUGUACCGGAUCACUGUCUCCGAGCCUAGGAAGCACGACGAGCCUGCCACUGGUGCCGCGGGGGUCAUUCCUGGGUCUGGCAGCUAUUUCUCCUACCUCGUCACCACCCAAGUUGGAGACGGCGGCAAGUUCGUCGUUCGGCGGCGCUUCCGCGACGUGGUGGCCCUCGCCGACCGCAUCGCGUCCACCCACCGCGGUCUCUUCAUCCCACCGCGGCCCGACAAGAGCAUCGUCGAGGGACAAGUCAUGCAGCGGCAUGACUUCGUGAACCAGCGCUGCGCUGCGCUCCAGCGUUACCUCUGCCGCCUCGCCGCGCACCCCACAGUCGGCCGCAGUGUUGACCUCCAAGUCUUCCUCACUGAGGCAAGCGGUAUCCCCACCUCCGAGGGUGAGUCACCCAGGUGCACUCCCACGAGUAUUGCUGCCACGUCCACGGCUGUUACCACACCAACGACGCCUGCGAAGGGCGGGAGGGACUUCUUUGGUAUGUUUAAGGACCUGAAGCAGACGGUGUCGAAUGGUUUGAUGGCGGUGAGGACACUUCCGUUGGAGGAGGAGACCGAUACAAAGUUCGUUGCCCAUAAGGCCAAGCUCGAGGAAUUGGAGCAGCAACUAUCCACGACAUCUCAGCAGGUAGUGGCACUUGUUAAAGCUCAUGAGGAUCUUAGAGAAACUACGGCUCACUUGGGAAUGACAUUCAUUAAGCUGGCAAAAUUUGAAAAAGGGCAGUCUUCAUGCAGUUCUCAGAUAAGUCGAGCUGCUGAUGUUAGCAAUUUUGCAAGUGCUGUUGUCAAAGUCAGCAGGUCACAGACAAAACUUAAUGCUGAAAUCGUGAAGCAUCUGGGAACUAUCCAUGAAUACUUGGAGACGAUGAGUUCUGUUCACAAUGCAUUUAGUGAUCGCUCUAAUGCUUUGCUUCAUGUGCAAAGUCUAUCAUCAGACUUAAAUCUCUUGCACAACCGGGUGGCAAAACUUGAAUCUGUGUCAUCGAGAGGAAUUGAUCAGGAGAGAUCGAGGUAUCAAAAGAUCGAAGAGCUGAAAGAAACAAUAAGAGCAACAGAAGAUGCAAAAAUUCAUGCACGCAAAGAGUAUGAGCUUAUUAAGGAAAACAACAUGAAAGAAAUCAAAAGAUUUGAUAAAGAGAUACACCAGGAUUUGGUAGAUAUGAUGAAAGGCUUUGUGACAAAUCAGAUUACUUGCUCAGAUCAAAUUGCUAAUAUCUGGGCGAAGAUUGCAGAAGAAACGAAAGGAUAUGCAGGCAGGAGCAGCUGAAGUAGGAUAGACAGUUUCAACUCCUCAAGGGGGCAUGGGGUAUUUGGAUCAAGAACUUUCAUGGAGAUAGUGCACCAGAUAUUCUCUGAGGAAAGAAGAACUAACCCACGAUCACAAAACCAACACAUCUGUUCACCCCAGUUUUUCCCCACCCUGGGUUUAGCUGUAAUGCUGAGUUUUUCUGUACAACUAGACGGAACUAGCUGACUGGAGUUCCCUGCUUCCUGAGAGAAGCAUAUAGUACAUGAGAUUGUUUUUAGUCACCCGGAAGAGUUGCAAGCUUGCACGUAUCUGUUUGCUAUCAUGUCCACUAUGUUUCCUUU